GAUGGUGGCGAUGUUGUGCGAGUGAUGCUCUGUGUACGAAAUUUUGUUAUGAUUGUGAUCCGAGCCGCGUGUUAGGAUUCUCGUGCAAGCCCCGGUGUUUGUCGCCGCCGCCGCCCAUGCGGGUGACCACCGUGGGCGGCGGGGCCCCGCCGGCAUGAUCGCCAGCCCGCCCGUGCACGGGCUGCGGCUGGGCGGCACGCAGCAGCAGCCGCCCGUGCCUCGGCGGCGCAGCUCGUCCCCGCCCCCACCACCGGCGCCCGCCGAGGCAGCGCCCGGAGUGCCGCCGCGCCGGCUGCCCGCGCUCCAGGGACGCUCCAGCCUGAGCGUGUCGCGCACCCGCUUCGUGCUGGCGCCCGGCGAGCCCCCGCUGCUGGUCAGCUGGGACAUCCGCGAGGAGGUGUCGCCCGACGACUGGAUCGGACUCUACCGAACCGAUGAAACAGAUCCACUUCGUUUUCUGGAGCACAAAAACAAGCGAUGUCCAAGUAACACUGCAAAAGGACAGGUCCUGUGGAACAUAGACUGCAAAGAUGCAUUUCUUGAAGAGACGACCAAUGUGUGCUUUCGCUACUACCACGGGACGAGUGGUACUCUCAGAGCCGUGAGUCCAGUGGUGACCAUCUGCAGGUCAGCUGACACCACUGGAAUUAUGAAUGGCCAUGGCUCCGAUGUUUUGGUGGGCUACUCUUCGCAGCAGAUACCGAUGGAGAUGGUCAAGUUUUAUUUGACCAACCUCCACGCUCGAAAUCUCAAGAAAGGGAUGUUCUUUAAUCCUGACCCCUAUGUUAAGAUGGGUGUUCAGCCCGGUUUGGGGGACGGCGUGUUGCUCCUUCCACACCAUGGCCAAAUUUGUCGCACGGGUGCUGCUGAAUCUACUGUGCACCCCUCGUGGCCUGGCCAGUACGAGUUUAUUGGCUACCCUUCCGACGUGCUGGAGUUUGAGGUUAAGGACAAGUUUGCCCGCAGCAGGCCAAUCAUUGGCCGCUUCCUUGGUCGGCUUGCUGUGCGAGUGUGGGAUCUCCUGGACCGUUGCACUGGAGGUGUUCCUGUUGAGAUGAGUUUCAGUCUUGCUAACAAGACACCUUCAGACCACGUCACAGGGGAGCUCUUCUUUACGUUCGUGCUGGAGCACGGCCCAGUAGACCCGUGGACCCACAUUCGACAGGUCCACAACCCAAUCUACGUGUCUGACGUGCCUCCAGAACCGUGCCCCUCAAGCCCGCCCCCUUCGUCAGAAGUCCCACCACCCGCAUCAGUGCCCCAUCAUCCACCUCUGACCGCCAGGACCACCUCUCUGCCAAAUGGAAGUGGCAAUAUACCACCACCGCCCACCUCAUCCUCGUCCUCUUCAUCGACAUCUUCGGCGGGUGAUCCAGAGCCAACACCAAGGAGGGAUUCUUCCCAGCCCGCAGCACGGCGUAGUGUCCGUUCAAACAGUGAGCACGGCCUGCACUCCCCCGUAGCUCCACAGGCAGUAACGAGGCGACUCUCUCAAACACCUCGACCACCGGCCACGGCGGGUGGGUCACCGGCGUCCACCUCCUUUGCCAACAUGGAGUACAUGAUGCAACAGGAGGUAGCGUCUCCAAGGCCCUCUACAUCUAUAGAUGAGCCACCCCCGCUACCUCCAAAGCAGAAGGGCCCCAAGCGGCAUCACCAUCACAGGCCCCUCGAACGAUCACGAGCUUUGGAUGUUGUCGCGAGAGCUGAAGAGACAACAUCGUCAUCAUGGAAACAUGCCAAACAUCGAGACGAAGCCACGGGUCUUGCAGGAGAUGUUGAAGAGGCGCCGGCUGACUCUGACGAGAGCUCUGCGAGCCUAGCCUCUUCGAGUGCAACGUCCUUGACUGCAGGAGACGUGAGCCCACCUCCAACGUUACCGAGAAGAACGCGACCAGCUGCCCUCCAAACAACGUGCGAGGCAGUCGGGCAGACAGCAAGAGCAGCGCCGUUAGCGACACCCGAGCAAGAUUCUUCGCUUCAGGAAGGGGGUCCUUCAUCUUUCGAGAAUCUCAGCGGAGUCCUAGACACACUGGACUCCGAUGAGGAAGGCCCGGCUCCGGCAGAUGAGCUUUCUGCCUGUGACUUCGAUCGUGCCAACAGUGAACCAGCGAAUCUUGAGUUCGACGCUGGUGGUAUGGUGUCUUCAUUAGCUGCUGAGGACAGUCCCUCGCCAGCACCUGAGGUCAGCAGAGGUGCCUCACCUGCACCAUCAUCCUUGGGAGAUUCGUCUGCAGAGGCUUCGUCUUCACAAACAUUGAGUGCCAGUGAUGAUGAUGGAGCACCUGAGGCCAACAACCUCGAAUCCGGGCAAGAAGCGUCGCAGCGCCGGAGGAGGCUCAUUCAGCCGCCCCAGCGGUGUCACUCGGACUCGGAGUGUUCCUUCACGAGACCUCGAAGGCAGCAUAAUCGACACAGUCACCAUCAGGCACAUCGCAGGCGCCACAUACCGGAACAGAGGUUGGGUCCGGGGCUGGCGGGGUCUGGCCUCCUGCCAUACAGCCGCAGUGAUCAUAGUAGCCUGGCACUGCCGGAGUCCGUCCGAGUGGCAGGUUUGGGCCAUCGAGAAGGUGAUUACGGCCGGCCCUGCCUCUUGCCUUCGAGUGAAGGCCCAGCACUUCUCCAUGCAAGUGUGGCAAGCAGCAGAACUUCUACUGUGGAGCCAUCUUCAGCAACGUCAGCAGUUGCUGCAGUGUUGCCUGGCAACACCAUGCAGUCACAACAGCCUCAACAGCAGCCGCACAACACUACUACCCGUCUGCCUUCUAUUCCUGAACGCACAAUUCGGUAUCAGCGGGUGGAGCUCGAGGAGCCACUGCCACUGCACUGGGAGGCUCGCAUUGACAGUCAUGGGCGCAUCUUCUACAUCGACCACCUAAACCGUACCACCACGUGGAACAGACCAUCGCUGUCACAGCCAGCUGGCGUAGCUGCCACCUGUAAUGAACUGCAGAGGCAACAGUUUGACCGGAGGUACCAGAGCAUACGGCGCACCAUGACUCCUCGCAUGACAGCUGCAGCAGCUGCAGCCUCGGCCAUGCCUUUGAGUAUGGCGACAUCAAAUCCUCCUUUAGCUCCGGCUGUUCCGUGUAGCGGUGCUGCUCCCUCUCCAGUUCCCGUGGUCGAAGAAGUGGUUGUGGGUGGCAGUGCCAGCGUGGCACCAUCGGCCCCUCCUGCACCUGUGGUCCCCAGUGCCGACAGUCAGAGAGCGCUGCUCAGAUCGCCUGCUGUUCGUUUUACAACUCGGUCAGACUUCUUCAACGUGCUGCACAUGAACGACGAUGCUUUGGCUGCUUACAAUAGAAGCUCCUCCUUGAAACACAUGAUUGCAAAGAUUCGACGAGACCCUGCGAACUUCGAAAGAUACCAACACAAUCGAGACUUGGUGAGUUUGCUGAACAAGUUUGCCGACAAGACAAGGGAACUUCCUAGAGGCUGGGAGACAAAGCUAGAUCGCUCAGGAAAGCAAUUCUUCAUUGACCACACGUCUCGAAGCACAACGUUCAUCGACCCUCGGCUGCCUAUAGAUGUGCCUUACUUAAAUCCAAGCAAGCUGGUGGUUCCUCUGGCCAGGAGGCGAAGUCGCAGUGCUGGGGAAGAUGACGGACAGAGAGCAGAUGCUGCUGCUAGGGGCAGUGGCAGCACAACUGGAGGGCCCGUACCACCACCUCGACCCCCGGGCAGCACAGCAGGGGCUGGGGCCAGCCUGCCAGGUGCCAGCAGCAGUGUACCCACGGCCUAUAAUGACAAGGUGGUGGCCUUCCUCAGGCAGCCCAACAUUCUCGACAUCUUGCGCGAGCGCCACCCGGCAAUAGCAUCCAACACUGGCUUGCGCGACCGCGUGCAUGCCAUCCGUGCAGAGGGAACUGCCGCCUUGGGGCGGCUCUCACACGACCUCGACCUCACCAUCUUGCUCAGCCUGUUUGAGCAGGAGAUCAUGUCAUACAUUCCGGCCCAGUACUCCUCUGGGAGCAGUUCUAGUCAUCGCUCUCCGCGGGAUUCUCCUCAGCCUUCUCCGCAGGCCUCACCAGGCCUACAAAGGGCUAAUCUUAGGGCUCCAGCACCUUAUCGGAGGGAUUUUGAAGCCAAACUUAGGAAUUUUUACCGAAAAUUAGAAUCCAAAGGCUACGGUCAAGGACCCAGCAAAUUAAAGUUAAACAUUCGUCGAGACCACCUGCUCGAAGAUGCAUUUACGAAGAUAAUGGCUGCGUCCAAAAAAGAUCUUCAAAAGUCUCGACUCUACAUAGGAUUUGCCGGUGAAGAAGGGCUAGACUAUGGCGGACCAUCCCGAGAGUUCUUUUUCCUGCUAUCGCGGGAGCUCUUCAAUCCGUACUACGGCCUGUUUGAGUAUUCGGCCAACGACACGUACACCGUACAAGUGAGCCCCAUGGCAGCCUUUGUGGACAACCAGCACGAGUGGUUCCGCUUCAGUGGUCGGGUUCUUGGCUUGGCUCUGGUGCACCAGCACUUAUUGGAUGCCUUUUUCACUCGGCCGUUCUACAAGGCCCUGCUGAGGCUACCUUGCUCACUGAGCGACUUGGAGUACCUGGAUGCGGAGUUCCACCAGUCAUUAGUGUGGCUCAAGGAGAACGACAUCACCGAUAUGGGCCUUGAGCUGAGCUUCUCCGUCGUUGAAGAGGUGGCUGGUCAUGUGCUCGAGCGCGAGCUCAAACCCGGCGGCCGCUCUGUGUCAGUCUCCGAGCGCAACAAAAAGGAGUACAUCGAGCGUAUGCUCAAGUGGCGCCUCGAGCGGGGAGUCGCCCAGCAGACCGAGUGCCUUGUGAGGGGAUUCUACGAAGUUGUUGACUCCCGCCUGGUGUCAGUGUUUGAUGCCCGAGAGCUAGAGUUGGUGAUUGCCGGCACAGCAGAAAUAGACACAGCAGACUGGCGGAAGAAUACGGAAUACCGAUCGGGCUACCACGACAGCCACCCCGUCAUCCAGUGGUUCUGGAUGGCCAUUGAGAAAUUCGACAACGAGCGCCGACUGAGGCUGCUCCAAUUUGUCACGGGCACCUCGAGCAUCCCGUACGAAGGCUUUGCUGCCCUGCGCGGAAGCAACGGACCUCGAAAGUUCUGCAUUGAAAAAUGGGGCAAGCCGACUAGCCUGCCAAGGGCUCACACCUGUUUCAACAGGCUAGACUUGCCCCCAUAUUCAUCGUUCGAUAUGCUCCACGAGAAGCUGCUGCUGGCCGUUGAAGAGUCGAGCACAUUCGGCAUCGAGUAAGUCAUUAGAGACAUAGCGGAAGUGCUGCCGGAGGUGUCCACCGCACCUCCAAACAUCAUGGCAAAGCACGGCACUCGCGCCAUAUCUGCCAUCAUCGUUCCUUGGUGAGGGAAGUGGUUGCCAUGUUUGCUGCGAAUUCUUCGGGAAAGCCAUCCACCCGGACGACAAUCCCCUUGUGAGAGCAGCCUCGGCCUUGUGAAGCAUGCCGGGAAGUUGUUGUUUUCACUGUGUUCUUUCCUUUAUUUUUAAAUUUGGUCAAUACAGAAGCCAGCUAACGAGGGCUAAGUUGACAGCUACAGCCCUUUUGAAGCUUGGCACUCCCGACGAUGCACUUAACGCGCACAAGUCGCCUUGCGGUCAUCCUUCACUUCGUUUCACACUUGAACCUUGAUUGCAAAAGGCUUUAGGCUUCUGUGAAAGCUGUGCCUUAAGUUUGGGUAGUAGUGCGCACAAGAUAUUUAUGUGCUUCGUUUAGUCUUAAAAUGUGAUCAGUGUAUAGGAUUUUUUUCAUGGGAAGUAAACAAGUAGAAAAGAUUGAUGUUAACAGCGCUGCGCCAAAAUUUUUUCGCGGGGUGCGAAGAAAGUGGGUUUGCAGAUCAUGUUCAGGUUUCCUGCAUGAAGUCAUCGUUACAGUUGUGCAAGAUGCCCCUUCUCCUCCUCUUCCCUUUUUUUUUUUUGUUGAAACCUGCCAAGUGGUUUAUGCCAAGAAAGGAAUCUGCCAUAGGAUUUGCAUGUUAUGCCGUUGCAGUGAACAGGGGUGUCAGGUGGAAGGCGCUGCCCAGUUUUGAUGCGCCAUCUUGCGAGAGGCAACUGCUCAUUCGCAGUAACGCUCUUUUGUACAUCUCGGUAUGUUACAAGGAAUAAUGUCCAAUGUCUGCAGUGCUAGGAGUGUCUGGAUGAUGAUGCUGACCAAUUUAGAUUAUAAGUGUUUGAAUAAUUGCAUACCGGUUUGUGCGUGUAAUGUUGCGUGCACUGCCUCUGAAAGCCACGCAGUGAUUUUGUCAAUUAUAGUGUACCGACAGCUGUUGUCAACGCCAGCUGAUGCAGUAGAGAAGUUCCUGAGGGUGGCGCAGUCAUUUUAUCAUUGAACAGUGUGUGUAUGUGUUUUAGGUCUACAUUAUUUAGCACGAAAAGCAGUGUUGGUUUUUUAUUUAUUUAUCGUACUUCUCAGGGCACCAUUCGGUGAAGUGUUAAUACCAUUAACAAGCUAUUUUAGUGCAUUCUACUGUGAAGCUUUUGCGCCAGUGCGAAGCGAGCUUGCACCACUUUUUGUAUAGUAUUGACAAGGUGUUUCUUUCCUUUAUUGUUGAGAGCACUCGUUAUUUUAUACAGCUUACUUAGCUCUUCAGAGAGCUUCAUGCCUAACCAGUUAUCUAAUCAUUGUUUUAGGAAUAUAUGUAUUAUGAUUAUUAACAUUAUUCGAGUAUUUUAUGUUGCGCAGUAUUGUACAAUUGUGAAUUACAAACGCAACAUUGGGUUGUCCUGUCAGGAAUGCUACUCUGUGUUUUGUUAGUAUUAUUAUUAUUACUGUAUUGAACACAUUGUGAUAGGUUUAUUACAGUGUGGUUGGUUAGGACUGUAAUAAUAAUUUUUUACCGGGCUACCCGUUCCAAAAAAUGUUAUGUUGGCAUAACUGCUCUCAACGCACCUUAGCUUUCCGGUUUUCUGCCUUGCGCACACAGUGAGUGUUCUCGUUUUUUCUGGUGAUGCAGUUUGUCCCGUGUGUGCCAGCUCCUUUUGGCCUUGUCACGUGUCCGCUGUCAUGUUGUGUUUCAUAUUAUCGCUUCACCUUUCCAACACAAAGGGUACCAACAGAAUUUCUGUACUGCUAAUCGAUAUCUUGUAAAUUUGUGUGGAAAAGCUUCAUUUGCGUUGCUUGCACUUUGUAGACAGUUGCACCUACUAUUUAUUUAUUCUUUUGCGGAGGCAAGUGGCGAGAUAAGAACAACAAAGUGGACUGUGUUGUGGACCUCGACGCCUUUGACGAUGACGACGUCAACAAGCUUCUCAAAGUGGUUUCAGUGGCUGCGGACAUUACGCUACACUGUUGCGCUACAUGCAAGAUCUAAGCGUUUCGAUGCACAUAGAUUUAUUCAAGGAACUAGAGAGCUAUUUUUCGAUUGGCUGUUUGAUUUUUAAAGCCUAUAUUCGUUACCCUGUGGACUGGCUAUUCUCGGAGUUGUCGUGCCAUGGAUGAUGUUUGUAUUAGUCGAGUGUUGCGUGUUUAGUGGCCUCUCGUGCAAAAAAAGUGUGACAGCCUGCUGCCCGGUGUUACCCAAUAUCGGCUCUACUAACUGCUUUGAUUGAUUUCAACGGAACUCGUUUAGCCUGUGCUUGGAGGAAUACUUGUUGGUUAUGUGUUGCAUGGUGCGAAGAUGCUGUGGGACUGAAAUGAAAAAUGUGCCGGUUUUAUGAAAAUGUUGUAAAAAAAAAAAAAAAACUUGCACGCAAAAGUGGGCAGUGUCCAAGCUAAAGCUAGCCUUGCUGCUUUCAAGUGGUGUACGGUCAGUUCAUCUGUUCUUAAGCCACUCAUUAAGAUUUGUUUUUCUUUCAUUGUGGACAUCAUGUUAUAUUAGUUCACCGCAUCUGGUCACAGACUGUGGCCCUUCAAAAUUGAGAAAGACAUAAAUCUCUGGCAAUAGUUUGGCUGCAUCCAUAGCCAAAAGCUUUUUUCAAACUGCCCACCACUGACUGUAAAUGUAUAUGGUGUUUCUUCUAUCAUUUGUCAUUUCUCUAAAUCCACGUUGCUUGGUUAGGGUACAAAACCUGAGUGCUUAGGCCAUUAUUAAGCUCUCAUUCUUGGUGUACAGGUACAAUAUGACCCGCUCAAUUCAUUUCACUGGCAUAGUACCUUGCUUAAGCACUGCACCACUAUAACAGCUGUGUGGAAGUAACCUGUAUUGUGACUUGCUCGUCCCUGCAUCCUGUCCGUAUGUGGCCUCUGGUGCCUCUCGAACUCAGUGACACACCGGUGGCAUGCCUGUCUUGCUUGAAUUGGCUGCAUGGCCAGCCCAGUAGUGGUCCACGUUGUGCGGCUUCAGGCACUAGCUGCUCCCGUAUGUGAACACUUAAGGAGUUGUAGAUUUAGGGAGUGAUGAUCAGUGCAAGGAGGUAUGACCUCAUAGGUUGGAUGCGUAACAUGUGUGCGUGUAUCUGCUUGUACUGCCGUGUCAUGGUCACGCUUUUCUCAUGCAUUCUAAUGUGUUGUGCGUGAGAGGAAGUUAAGUGUACAAAGUGAAAAAAAGAAGAAAACAAAUGCAAGAAGUAGCACUUUGCCGACUCAGCUGCACCCUUGGGGGUAGUGGCUUUUAAUUUUUUUUUCGAAUUUCUGUGCAAUUGCUUGCAGUGGCCUUUGUGCCCUGCCCAAACUUGGCACGGUGAUAGAAAUGGCGUACCCCUCUCACUGUUACAAACAAACAAAAAUAAACAGAGAGGUUUGCUGGCUUUGUUUGCCAGUAGCGCUUGCCACGACUAUUUUGGUAUACACUGCGUUGGGAAGUGCGCAGGCGUUACAUGUCCGAUGCUUGUGCGUGCAGCAGGCACUCCCUUGGUGCCUAACGCCGUCAGCUUGCCUGCAAGGUGCCAGAUGGCGCCCGCCCAACGCGCAUGCGCGCUUCCCCAUGUUUUUUCUAUGAACCCCCGUCCCGAUUUUCCUCACGUCCGAGUCCCUCCGCUACUGCUGCUGCCGCCGCCACUACUUGGUGCCCGCUUUGGCGGUCACAUGCGUCUUUGUACAGUAUAUGUAAACGAGAACACUUGAUGCAGCGCUCCUGUGUAUUAUAGAGCAAUAAAAAAUAACUACUGCUCUGAUUCC